AUGAGCAGGUUAAACCAACGGAAUGAGCCUCCUCUCCCACCCCCAUCCGUUCUUCCCCUUCAGGCCUGGAUAGCAGCCAUGGUGCAGAAGAACAGCUGGACAGGGCUGAAUGAUGUCGACAGAGAUGGGACUUGGACAUGGGCAGAGGGCCAAGCAGCCAAUCUUUCUUCUCCCUGGUUGGCAGACACACAGCUUGCUACCGGGGGCUGCCUGGAGAUUGGGCUGCAGGGAGAGGGGCAGGUGGCUGCAUCCUCCUGCUCUGAGCUCAAGCCGUGGGUGUGCGAGGGGCCAUUGGCACCCCGGAGUUCCUGUCCGACAGAGCCUGGGUGGAGCCACUGGAAUGGCAGCUGCUACUUCUGGGACCCCUCCUUGGCCAGCGGGUGGCAAGAGGCCCUGCAUGCCUGCCGGAGGUUCAAGAAGACAGAACUGCUGCACCUGACCUCUCUGCAAGAGAAGGACUGGGUCCGCUCAAACUUUGCAGGAACCUUCUGGACGGGCUUGAAUGACUUGAAGGAGGAAUCCGUCUUCCGGUGGACAACACAGGAGCCCCUCAGCGAGCAGAUGGCACAGUACCUGAAGGAUGAUAUGGCUGAUGGGGGCCUGAAGGACUGUGUGUGGUUCAACUCAUCAACAGGGCUUCUCGGUGAUGCCAGCUGCAAGGAGGAGAGGCCCUUCCUGUGCAAAUGUAGUGAAGCAGCCACAGAAUGGUUUGAUGAGCAAACUGGCCACGGCGUGGCAGGAGAGCCGUCCGUGCUGUACCCCUCCGCUGAGAGCCUGGAGCAAGCGAAGCAGGAGUGCCUGAUGGAGCACAGCGUGUGUGCCGCCGUCCUCCAAACAGGGACUGGCUUCUAUCUGAUAAGCUCCACGGACAGCAUUGUCACCAAGCCAGAUUCAACGCUUUACAGGUGGACCAUCUGUGCAGAGGGCUUCAGCGGCCCCUCCUGUCAUAGGGCCUCGGCACCCCCACCACGACCUGCCUGCGACUGCAGCGGCCGAUUCCAGACAACGGCUGAGAAAGUCUGUGGUGUCCCAGUGCAGACGUGUGUGGAGGACUGCCAGCAAAUGACAUCCUGGAGCAAUUGCUCGCUCUGUCUGCCUGCCUGUACUGAAGUGACACUGAUGAGCGGCCUAGACCCUGAGGCGCUGGCUCUCAUCACCAUGGUCCAGUACAAAGUGCUGCACUCCCUCAACCUCACCACAGAAGACGAAAGGGACCGGGGAAACUCCUCCAAAAUCAUCUAUGAUGCCAAAUAUCCAUGAUGCUGUUUCUGCAUCCUGGAGGAAGGAAGGAAGGAAGGAAGGAAGGAAGGAA